AUGGCUCCAGCAGGCACCGCCACCGGCAGCGUUUCCGGCGGCUCAUCAGCCGUACACGACGACGCCGAGGCCAUGGAACUAGGCCACGACAACCUGAUCCGCCGUCGCCACGCCGGAGCCGGCGCCGCUGGCGGCGAAGCCGACGACAGGAUCGGCAGUAGUGCCGCCGCCGCCGGUAAGGAGUUGGCCCCGUCGUCGGUGGAGCAGGCGUUCGCGGACCAGCCCGUGCCGUCGUGGCGGGAGCAGCUGACGGUGCGCGCCUUCGUGGUCGGGGCCCUCCUCUCCGUCGUGUUCAACGUCAUCCUCAUGAAGAUCGACCUCACCACGGGCAUCAACCCGUCGCUCAACGUCUGCGCCAGCCUCCUCAGCUACUUCCUCCUCCGCACCUGGACCAGGCCGGGCCAUCGGGGAAAUUCUGCAAAACAAGAUUCCAUGACUAUCAACUGGAGUACAUGUUUUCAGGUUAUGAUUGUGGAUUACAAACUGACUUACCCAAGUGGAACUGCUACUGCUUACCUCCUCAAUGGAUUCCAUGCACCGCAGGAUACUGAACGCGCAAAGAAACAGGUUAGGACGUUAGGCAAGUACUUCUCCCUUAGUUUCCUUUGGGCAUUCUUGCAGUGGUUCUACAAAGCCGGGGAUCACUGCGGAUUUGGCUCUUUCCCAACACUCGGCCUUGAAGCUUAUAAAAACAGGUUCUUUUUUUAUUUCUCACCUACUUAUAUUGGUGUUGGAAUGAUCUGCCCUUAUAUUGUAAAUGUGUCUCUUCUUCUUGGAGGCAUCAUCUCCUGGGGAAUAAUGUGGCCAUUGAUCCGCACAAAGAAAGGAAGUUGGUACCCCAAGACUCUUCCAGAUAGCAGCCUACAUGGACUGCAGGGUUACAGAGUGUUUAUAACCAUAGCAGUAAUCCUUGGGGAUGGCCUGUACAACAUAUUGAAGCUACUUUAUCGCACAAUAGAAGCAUUCAUAUCAAGGUACAGGAAUAGAAAUACAAACACGCUUCCUGUGUCCAACGAUGGCACCCCUGCUAAUGCCACCGAAACUGAGUCGUUCGAUGACAAGCGUCGUUUUGAGCUAUUCAUGAAGGAUCAAAUUCCCAAGACAGUUGCAUUGGGAGGCUAUGUCGUUCUGGCAGCUAUAACAAUCGGUUGUCUCCCUCUCAUAAUCCCACAGCUCAAAUGGUACCAUAUUUUGGCUGCGUACAUCGUUGCACCUGCACUGGCCUUCUGCAAUGCCUAUGGAUGUGGCCUAACAAAUUGGUCCUUCGCAAGUGCCUAUGGUAAACUUGCAAUCUUUAGCUUCGGUGCGUGGGUAGGUGCUUCACAUAGUGGUGUGCUUGUGGGACUGGCUGCAUGUGGUGUGAUGAUGAGCAUUGUGGGAACAGCUGCUGAUCUAAUGCAAGACUUCAAGACUGGGUACCUGACACUGGCCUCGCCAAGGUCCAUGUUCAUAAGCCAAGUGAUAGGCACUGCCAUGGGCUGUGUUAUUGCCCCCUGCGUCUUCUGGCUGUUUUACAAGUCAUUUGAUGUUGGAGCGAGCGAUGGCGCUUACCCAGCACCUUACACAUAUAUGUACCGUAACAUGGCGAUCAUGGGCGUUGAUGGAUUGACUCUUUCAAAGCAUUGCUUCACAUUAUGCUACAUCUUCUUUGCGAUCUCCUUCGCUGUCAAUUUGAUCAAGGACCUGGUGCCGAAGAAGGUAGCGAAGUUCAUCCCCAUCCCCAUGGCAGUAGCCAUUCCUUUCUAUGUUGGAGGCUUGGAUCCUUCUUUACUAUUGAUAUGUUCUUGGGCUGUAUGA